AUGCUAAUGCUACAGGAUUUGCUUAUGGAAAAGAUAAGGUUCGAGGGGUUAAUCUCGGUGGAUGGGAUUCGACCGAGUCUUUUCGACCAAUUCGUGAACUCCACAAUACAAGCCGUAGACGAAUAUACCUUUACACAAGUUCUUGGGUGCGAGGAGGCUAGGCGACAGCUCCGAAGUCAUUGGAAUACUUGGGUGACAGAAGCUGACAUCAGAAAGUUGGCUUCCUACGGAUUAAAUCACCUAAGGUUAUUUGUUUUUCGCUUUUGUCGUAAACGUCACGUGCCAAUGUUGACAACUCAUCGCACAAACAGGAUUCCGAUAGGCUACUGGGCGUUUGACAAAAAACCCGAAGAACCAUUCGUCCAGGGGGCCUAUCUCUACCUAUUGAAAGCUGUAAGAUGGGCGAAAAAGUAUAACAUGAAAGUUAUUUUGGACUUGCAUGGGGCUCCCGGAUCUCAGAAUGGAUUUGAUAAUAGUGGUCGACGCGGUCCAAUUGGAUGGCAAACCGGAGACCCAGAUAACAUUCCACGCACCAUAAAUGCGGUGAAAAUUAUGACAAAACGAUUCAGUUGUUCAGAAUUCAAAAAUACCGUUACGGCGAUUAACGUUUUGAAUGAACCCGCCAGCUGGGGAGGCAAUCAACUAAAUGUCACCCAAAAAUUCUACACCAAGUCAUAUGAAGCAGUUCGUCAUAUUAACAGUGGAAUCCUGGUCGUCUUCCAUACCGCAUUCCUUCCUCUGUCCAGUUGGGACGAUUAUCUAAGUUCACGGAAAUUUUCGCGAGUCGUAUUGGAUACUCAUAUUUACACUGUGUUUAGUUAUGAGCUGCUAGCAUUGAAUCAAGCGCAACGAAUAAAUUCAAUAUGCUCGAAUAUACCUGACAUCUUGAACUCGACCGAAAAAGUUUGGACGUUGGUUGGAGAGUGGAGUCUCGCUGAUACCGAUUGUACGAAAUGGUUAAAUGGUUUUGGCAGAGGUGCGUUGUACGAUGGAACUUUUGGUGGAAGAGGACCUGUAUGUGCCACUUGCAAGUGUCAAGGGACGGAAGAUUAUUGGAAUUGGACUUUGGAAUAUAGAAGAUUUCUAUUGGAUUUUGCGUCCGCUCAGAUGAAUGCCUAUGAAGCAGGGAUCGGUUGGAUCUUUUGGAAUUUCAAAGCCGAAGCAUCACCGCACUGGAAUUUCAUGUUGGGAAUCGAGGAAGGUUGGAUUCCACUUUCGCCCAUAAAUCGAACCUAUGAAUGUAAUGUAAUAGACGCGUUGGUUGAAUUGUCUUGA